GUAAAUUCCACUGGUUCCGGAUUCAUUGUGCUCCCUUAUAUUACAACUGCAGCAACCGUGUCAAAUGAUUCUUCUACAACUAUAUUCAUAUCGUCACGCCAUUGACUUCUUCAUGGCGUAAGGAUUCAACAAUGAUCAUGGGUCUUUCUAGAGAUUAUAGCUGCAGCAGUUACACCCAAGCUUCUUGCCAUAACGCUGUUUUUGGCAUUGGGAAAUGUCAUAUACGGAUACGAUACCGCAAGUUUUGGUGGGGUACAAGCUAUACCGGCUUUCGGUUUGGAUUCUUUGAUCCGACCCUGGGGCAGUAUGCGCUUCCAGCAAAAACAUCAUCUUUGUUGACGUCUUUGGCAUUCGCCGGAAAACUGAUAGGUACAGUUAUCAUCGGGCCUUGUACAGAGCGUUUUGGUCAUAAAUUCGGAAUGCUUUUACUAUGCAUCGUCACUAUCGUUGGCACUAUCAUCCAAUGUACAUCGAAGAAAGCCGCUCAAUUUCUCAUUGGACGAAUUGUUGUCUACAUCGGAGUCGGGAUCGUGGAAAACGUGGUUCCCACGUACCAAAGUGAAAUCGUUCCUGCACCGGCGAGAGGCUUCGUAGUUGGCAGUCUCCAAAUGUUCCUUGUUUGUGGUGCGCUUGUUGCAUCAGGAGUCAACCGAAGAUACAGUACCUCUGUGACAAACAGUGGCUGGAUCAUUCCUGUUUCGAUCCAAUUCAUCACCCCUGUGAUAAUCCUCGCAGGACUUUACUUCAUACCUCCGUCACCGCGAUGGCUCCUCUAUAAAGGUCGUCGGGAUGAAGCCAUCGCCGUCCUGGAAAGUGUGAGACCCAAGCGCGAUGUAGCUGCGGGCUUGUGCGUCGAAGAAGCAAAUGCAAUUGAGGAAAGCAUUCGCGAAGAAGCCGAGUUACGAAAAUCUGGAACUGCUGAAAAACUCGGUUGGCUUGAUCUUUUCAAAGGUCCCAAUUUGCGGCGCACCACCAUUGCCACUUUAGUAUUUGCAUUCCAGCAACUUACUGGCCAAGGAUUCAGUAGUCAAUAUGGAACUGUCUUCUACAUUCGAGAAGGAUUAGGAAACAUGGCAUUCACCUACAGUCUCAUCAAUACAGCUAUCUCGGUUCCUGUUUGUUUUCUGGGGAUGAUACUACUUGAAUACUUUGGUCGUCGACCUGUUCUGAUCGGCGGAGCAUUCUUCCAGAGCUUGUGGCUCUAUGUCAUGGCUGGCAUCGGUGGUCAAUCUGGCAAAUUACCCAAGGCAAAUAUCAAUAUGAUGGUAGCGUCAGUGAUGCUUUUCAACUUCAGCUUCAGCGCUUCUUGGGCACCUUUGUCUUAUGUCGUAGCUUCAGAAGUCGGUACCGGUGCUCUUCGAGAAAAGACGAUGGCUUUUUCGUCUGUGAUCAAUGUUGUCUGCGCUUUCGCAGUAUCAUUCACGCUGCCAUACCUAUUGAAUCCACCAUAUGCAAACUUACAAGCCAAGGUGGGAUACAUCUAUGGGUCCAUUGCUGCUGUUGCGAUGUUGUAUGCCAUCUUCUUCGUUCCAGAGACGAGGGGACGAAGCUUGGAAGAGCUAGACGAGUUAUUUGAAUAUAAGCCAUCGAUCCUGGCGUGGAAGUUUAAAUCAACAAAAACGACAGGGAUAGGAGCGAAAGUCGCAGCUUUAGAGGGAAGCGGGAGGUCACAUCUUGGCGGUGACUCGGAAAUGAUUCGCGAUGAUGGGAUGAAGAGUGAUGAAGACAUUUAUUGACGAAACUGCUAUAUGAUAUCGAAUACAUAGUUUUCAACGUAUUGCAAGUUAAGGCCAGUUAUCGCCUCUUACAAAUAACUCCCGAACUCUUCAAACCGAAUACGUUGCAAUUGAAGGGUUGAAUAUGUGCACGAAGAUAACAUGAACCAGGAACCAACUUUGUAUCGCGUACGAGCCC